UCGGCUGCAAGAUACAACAACAACAAGCACUCCAUUCGGGCAUCUCGAAUAUAAUGGAGCCACACUUUGCCAUCCAUUUCGCUUGUCGACAGAAAUUAGGGCUUUUGUCCGGCGCUAUUGAUGCCUUCACACGAUGAGGACCAAUGCCUCACAUCCCAUCCACAACGUUGCUCGUGCAUGUGGGAUUGUUACGAUACUGCCGGAAUUGCAACUUCUCUAAAGGCUACCUUACGCGAUAUUACUGUGGGCAGACGAGAUGAGCCAGACACUACUCGCCAGCGAACUUACUACGUUGAUUUCUGAGGCAAAACGGAAGCAUGGCGAACUCAAGAACGCAGCCGAAAAGUCGCUUCAAGACCUCAAGGCGCUCCCGUCGACCUCGGAGCAACAACUGGCUGGUGAUCUAAGCCGCCGGCCCACAUUCAUCGACCCUUUUCUGAUCGCAUGCGAGACUCGAAUUCCAAAGCUCGCGGUCAGUGGCCUAGCAUGCCUGCAAAGGCUCGUCGUGUCGAGAGCACUACCGAGAACGAGGCUUAAAGAAACGCUUGAUGCCUUCAAUGCCUGCUCGGAGCUCGGACUAGAUCUGCAGCUCAAGAUUCUGCAAGCCUUACCUUCGCUACUCCAGAAUUAUGCGAACGAGCUCCAAGACGACCUUCUGGCAAGCGCUUUGCAGCUAUGCGCUUCGCUGCAAAGUGCCAAGGCUCAGACGGUCAGCGGAGUCGCUGCGGCAACUUUGCAGCAGCUUGUGGCUGCCGUGUUUGAGAAAGUCGUAGAUGAAGACAGGAAGGCCACUGACAUUGCAGCAACGCAUGAAGUCUCAGGCGACAAUGGACCUCUGAUGCUCAGACCUGCCGCUUUUGACGCCUACCGCACGUUUCGUGACCUAGUUCUUGCGGCGGAAGGCCGACCAACGAAGUUCGUGCUGCUGAGCUCAUUAUCUCCCGAGACAAGCCUCGAAAUGAUCUGGUCGUCUCUCACGGCCAACACACGGCUCUUCGUGUCCCAUAGCGAGUUGAGCUCCAUCGUUCGUUCGAACGUCAUACCCACAGUGACCAAAUGUCUGUCCGAGAAGCUAAGCUUUUCGGUAACGGUAAGAUCGUUGCGCAUAAUGGACCUGCUGAUUGGCAGGCAUUUCAAUCGAUUCCCUGGUGAAUUCGAAGUGGCAAUAGGUCUGCUCACACAAAAUCUGGACACUGAUGCAACAGCGCCUUGGAAGCGCGCACUAGCUAUGGAAAUGAUACGGAACUUCUUUGGGAACACUGGACUCAUCAUCGAAGCAUACGCUGCCUACGAUGAUGCUGAAGACGGCAAAACCGUCGUCCAAGACUUGAUGUCUGCUUUUGUUCGGAUGUCAGCGGAAAAGCCAGCGGUCAUCGGCCUAGGCCAAGAGUCAAGCGUUCCCAUCAGACAGUCCUUGGAUAAAGUUCCGGUGGCAGCUGAGCAGCUACCGGAGCAAAUUGGGAGUGGAAUGGUGCGCAGUAUGAGCAUUGCGCUUGGGGUAGCAGAAAGCGGCGUUGCGGGUAUCAGUCCACAGUUAAGCCUACCUCGACUUGCCUGUCUGGACCAGCUUGACAAGGCGGAGCCGCCAACCCUUCCGGAGACUUACGUCUACGCAUUAGUCCUUGAAUGCCUUACAAGCCUUUCGGAGAGCCUGGCUCGUGUUGUGCUGCCCCUGACUGUUCGGCAAGAUAAGGAUGCACCAGCACAAGGCGGAUCGGGAAUGAGCGAAGAGGUCAACGGAAAUUUUCCCGAGAAGAGACCUGAUCGUGUUGUCAGAUCGCAAUCUUAUCAGAAGCGAACGGUCCCGAUCAACCCUUUAGAACUGGAAGACGGCAACGUGCCAACACGAGUUGGCACCGUAGCGAAUUUAGUGAGCACAUGCUGGCCUGCGGUACUCGCUACGUCGUCGACCUUCCUGAACGCUUCCCUUGAAGAGCAGUACUACCGUAACCUCAUUAAGUCGUAUCAGCGCUUCACCCAGGUUGCUGGACUGUUGAGGCUAAAGACUCCGCGAGACGCGCUCAUGACCACGCUUUGCAAAUGUGCUGUGCCAGCCCACAUCCUGAAGGCAGCCACGGCAGACAGCGCAAGGCCACCCAGCACACCCGUCUCAGAAAGUCCCCGUGCGGCCAGCUUUAUGAGCCUAGAAGGCUUGGUCAGCCAGGCUUCCAGCCUCUCAAUGGACCGCGACAGGCGUUCUUCCAUUGAGCCCCUCAUCCCUGUGUUGUCGACACGCAACCUUCUGUGCCUGCGGGCACUACUAAACUUAGCAAUUGCUCUGGGGCCAGCCUUGGACACGGCAAUCACUCUGGCCGUUGACGUUUUGCGGGAUGCUGAUGUGAUUUUGAGCUCCAAAGGAUCGCAACACUGGUUGCGCCAGAUGCAAACCCAAAAGGCCAAGGAUGCCUCCGGCGCUGUCCACGCGUUCAUGGCCGAGAUUACUGCGGUGGAAUCAGCCGCAUCCAGACUGCUUGAUAGUACAGUAGACUACCCGAAUGAUUCCUUCAGGACGGUGCUGCAAGCUUUUACCAGAUUGUUGAGUCGAGGACGUGAAGGCGCAGAGCCCCCUUCACGGACAGAAACCGUCUCGCCACCGGCGACGCCAACGUUGGCGAGGCGAUCAUUUUCUGGACUGCCAGGCAUCAACCCCAUGGUCAGGAUGCGGGAGCGAGACUACCAAUUCGUCAUUCCCAAGCUGGGAACCCUCGCCAAACUGAAUAUCGCUCGGUUCGUCGCUUUCAAGCCAGAAGAGAGUGGGUGGAAUAUCCUCGUGGAGGAGCUCAUUUACCUCGCAGCAUCGACGUCCCAGCCUCGAGAGCCUCGUCGUGCAGCCACAGACGUGCUUUGUAAGAUGGCUGCAGAGACUGUGGCUAGUACAAUGUCUGCAGAUGAGGAGCUGCGUGGGGUGAUUCAACAGCGGGCUAUGGCAGUUCUUCAACGGCUCGUAGAAGAUCUUCGAGCCCAAGAUCAGGAACCCACGAACGUUGGUUCGGAGGCACAGGGCCACGUCCUCGAAGCGCUGAGAUCGAUACUUGAACGCUGUGGAGAGACCAUGGUAGCUGGUUGGAGUGAAUCGAUCGCCAUGCUGAGCAGUGCGUUCAAGCGAACAGAAACGUCUCAUAGCGAAGGGACGGAUGCCACCAAAAGCUGGGCGCGCGUAUCGAGCGAGCUCGUGUCCCCCCAGAUCGGACGCGUCGCCUUUGCUUCGGCCCAGCUCGUUGGUGCUGACUUUCUUGGUGCGCUGCCUGAUUCGGUCCUCCCUUCACUGACGGAACUGCUCUAUCGCUUCGUCGCCCAAACAGAGGACUUGAACAUUGCACUUACGGCUGUAACGAUGACAAUGAGCGUCGCAGACUACUUGGUAAAUAACGAAGCUGCUGUAGGCUUGGAUGCUCUUGCGGAACAGCUUGGAGACUCUGGUCUCCCACCGGCAGAUCUUGGGACCGAUGCAACAAGCUCAAAGUCUUCACAGCUUCUACUGCUCCUUCUUCGGUUGCGCACAGUAGUUUCAGAAACGCAAAAGGAAGUUCGCAACGCUGCUUUCCAGACAAUAUGCAGUAUCUUGACGAACCAUGGCGACAAACUGUCCGCCACCGCAUGGGAUCUGCUAUUGCGAAGCGUUGUGCUGGAAGUUGCUGCAGAUGAUCGGCAACUGUAUAACGCUGAAGAGCAGCCCGAUGAGGGCUCGUACAAGUCCGCAGAUGCAAGCAUAUCACAGGCUAUCGUCUUCGGAGUGGCCAGCUUGUUAGCACAGCACAUCCGGCAGAUAGAGCAAACCAAAAGGCUACCAAUUCUAUGGGAAACUUUGUUGAUAAGGUUCGAGGCGUACGUUGACUGCCAUAGACCCGCACUCAGCGAAGCCGUAUACUCCGGCCUUUCGAGGAUUCUCUCGCAUCUGCCUAGUGGUUCGCCUACCUGGACAACCCCUGCCAACCGUGCCUUAGCCAUGUGGCUCCACGGACCGCCCCACGACUCCGUGGAUGUCAGUAAACAUGAAGACAAUGAAGGGGCCUUGACAGCCUACAUUGAGACUGGAGUUGGGCUGUACCGUCUUACGAACAGAGAUAUCGGUCCGGCGCAAUGUCGCGAGCUGAUCGACAACGUAUACAGCUGCAUCAGACGAGCGAACGGUCCGCGGUAUGGAGGAGACGUCAACAGCAUGAGCAACCUUCAGAUCAAAGCUAUGUCAUUGCUACGCGGCAUACGCACGGAUCAACCCAGCGUGCCGUCUUCACUAAUAUCUACAACUGCAAGGUUAUGCGUACUGCACCACGGGCAAACCGAAGGCGAGACUGCGGCCAAUGGACCCACAUUCAUUGCCGUAUCCAGCGAAGCUAUCCACUGGCUCCAGCAGCUUCUGCACGCCCACGUAGGAAACACUGAGCUUGUGGAGACUGGUGCGAUAUUGAUCUCCAUCCAGAGCUUGAGCAAGGUUAUCUCGGACAAGUAUCUCCAUCCGGCAAAACACAAGGAUGUCAGUCUCUGGCGUCGAGCUACGUCUGCACUGCUUGGAUUAUCAUUACCGCUGCUGAACCUUACCAGUGACGGAAGCGUCGCGUGGGAAACUAGGCUUGCCUUGUGGUCUAUGCUGGUGACGGUAGCAGCUGGUAUUGUGGGCGCAAGUGGUAUUGACUCCAUGAGCGACACCAACGAGGUCUAUGAAGAUGAAAAGUUCGAUAUCGAGAGCUUCCGAAAGCUCAGAGACGUGCUCGUUCCGAGGCUGAGUCAGACUAGCUUGCCUGACACGAUAAAGAUCGCUUACUGUCGAGCGCUUUUCGAUGCGUCCAUUGUGCACGCAACAGAGCGUGGCGAGCUCCCACCGCCUUCUGGCUCUCCACUUUAUAAUAUUGGAAAUAUCCGCAGAGGUAGGGCCAAGCGUGUCCCAUUCGCGCGUCGAGAAGAAAUGAGCUACGUGUGCUUCGCCGAGCUCAUCGCUCUCUCGAGUGUCGAGGGUAGUGUCGCAUUGUCACAUUCUGCAGCACCACUUCUCGUCCUUCGCUUGGCGAUACCCAUCCGCGCAUACAUCGCCGAUCAAUCGCUGCGCGGCAGAAGCCCUCAGCCAAUGUCUGAGCUUCAAGAGCUGCUCCAUAGCUUCGAUCAGAUCAAGAAGCUCCGACUCCAUCAUCGAGCCUUGGUCGCAGAUCCAGUGGCUGAUGGGCGGGCAGGAAGCGAUGCGCACCUUGUCUAUUUAUACCCGCUACUCGUCAAGGCAGUCGCAGUAGCAGCUAACAAGUGGUACGGCGCAGAUGAGGUGCUCAUACCGCUUCAGGGGGUACUGGAAGCUAUCACACCUGUGCGAUAGACAGAGUAGU